CACUUCUAGAAAAACGCAGCCGCCGGGGUGAGUUGGGGCAGCUAGUGCUUGUUGUUUUUAUAGCUAACGCUGUACUUCAGGAACCAAACUGCCUGCCGCGGUGCUUCAUAUUACGCCGUCAGCUCAGCUGACUCACCAGAGGGACAUUUAGAUCAAAUACAACUCUGGCAAACAGCUGACAGCAGAGAGCCACACUGUUGGAGCUUCUUCAAAACAGCUAGCAUCAGCUAGCGGAGCAAAGCUAGUCUGCUAGUUGCGUAGCAGCAAUGGAGUGGCUUGGUAACAGCGCUUUACUUCAUGAUGAAGAGUCGAGCAGUGACCCAGCUCGAGCAGCCAACGGCUUCAUCGGUGUUCAUCCUCACCAGCAGUCACCGUUGUCGCACCGCUGUGAUUGUGCCAUGGCGUCGCUGUGUCAGGGCCGCUGUGUGAAAGCCUCCAUCGUGUCCAGCUGGAGACUGGCUGAGGCCCAGGAUCAGCUCUGCUCCCUGGGCGUCCACAGCUCAGAGUCCCUGGAGCAGGAGCGUGCUCGGACAAUGGCCUGCCCCACCGAACUCACGCACACUGAGGAGGAGUGGCGCCGCAAGGAGAGCAUGCUGGGAGGUCAGGAGCCCAGCCGCAGUCCUGUGCUCGGAGCUGCCAGUAGUUGGGACGUUUUUGAUAAGAGUAUUAUCAAUGUUCAACAUCUCCCUGAAGAUAUGGAUCAGGAAAAGUGCAAGACGUUUCUUCAAAAGUUUGACCAAGAGCUCCGGCAUUUUGGUAUGUUGCACAGAUGGGAUGACAGUCAACGAUUCCUUGCAGAGAUGCCUCAGAUCAUCUGUGAGGAGACGGCAAACUACUUAAUUCUGUGGUGCAUGAGACUACAGCAAGAGGGGAAAGAAGCCCUGAUGGAGCAGGUGGCGCACCAAGCUGUCGUCAUGCGCUUCAUCCUGGAGAUGGCCUCGACCUCUCAGCAGGAUCCAAGAGGCUGCUUCAGACACUUCUUCCACAAAGCCAAAGAAGGACAAGACGUCUACUUAGAAGUCUUCCAUUCAGAGCUCGAGGCCUUCAAACAGAGAGUGAGAGAAUCCGCACUCAGGUCCAGAUGUGACGCACUCCAUAAUGUAGAACCACAACAAAGUGACACAAACUGCAGAGUUAAACCCAAAGAAGCCCUGGACUCGUUUCCUAUAGUGUCCGAGUAUCCCAAGAAGCGUUACAUAGAGGACGGACUGUGGACAAGCACAGGGAGGUGGACAAAGGACGACGGUGCAGAAACGGACGAUAUGCGCAUGAUGGAGACCUCCUAGGCUCCUGCUUCUCCUCCAUCUCCACCGCCUCCCCAUUUAGGAGUUUUAAAGUCCUCUAUACCCAGCAGAGCAGAGCAGGAAUAAAAGGAGACUUGAUCGGUCUUUCACACUGCAGGAAACAAUGUUUUGCCGAUAAGAAACAUUCCUCGGUGUUGUCCAUACUGUGGAGUUCCUGCAGUGUCUCAUGACGGCUAAAAGCACGCGUAGCAACAUAAUCCUGGUGGUGCAGAUGGAUUUCUGAUAUCCUUUAAGCUGGUUGCAUUUUUGAUUUCUCCUGGAGAAAAAGGGAAACCUUACAUGGUAGGAAAAAAACAACAACAAUUGAUCAUUUAAACCAGGCAAUACAAAUAAUACUAAACCACUUAUUUGGGCAGUUAGGAACCAAAUCCCUGAAGUAGGACUCAGGUUAGUGGACUUGAAAGGAAUAUUGUAAACGCUGCUUUAAUGAAUCGUGGACAGCAUGACUGACAGAUGCUGGCUUUUUCUGAAGAUUUUCAUUUAAUAGAAACAACUGAUCAUGUAGCACCAUACUGUAGCUACUGUAAAACACACAAGUCAGUUGUCAAACAGUCUGGAUCAUGAGAAAGUUCACCUGUGGUGUUUCGCCUGGAACGGAAAACAAAUAUCCUUCCCGGCAAAUGUACACGUUUUCUCAAUCUAAUGUCAGUCGGCGUAACUUUUUAUAUUCGGUAAAAAAAAUGCUUGUGUUUGAAUGGCGUGAUGUUUGAAUCGGUAACAAAAACAGAGAGCACAAGCGCUCCAGUUGGGCUAACCUGGGUUUGUGUUUUCUCCAGCAACUUGUUUGGCUAUAAGGAAAUGACGGUAUAGGAGUAAAUGGUUUGUUCAACAGGUCAGAUUCAUCUCACGGUGUUUGGACUCACAACUGACUUGCAUGUAUUAAGCAGCACAAAGGUAUCUGGCUCUUUAACAGGAGAGGAUAAAUAAUGCAAUCUGUUUGGAAGGAUAGGCAGUUAGCUGCAGAGUUGGGAGGAAUUAAGAUUGUUGGUGCAACAUUUACUUUGCUUUUGUCAAUCAUUAUUUUGUUGACAGCUGCCUCUUUGGAUUUAAGUGAAUCAAGAGUUCAAUGAUGGUAAUCUUUGACCGCUUUGCUGAGUGGCUGACAGUCAGGAAUUAUAACUUCUCUAAAGAUUACACUAGAGGUGGUUUUAAUGUUUAAGUUCUUCUGAAAAAAUAAGUAGUUAUUUUGUUUUCUCGUGAGGCUUAAGGCGUCUUGGUAAUCAGACCUCCUCCUUGACUACAUCUUCCAUUCACAUGCAAUUUACUCAACACACGUAAUGGCUACAAAGUCCAUUGAAUCUCAAGUCCACAUACAGCAACAGAUGUUGAUAAUCAUUGUUUACGUGGCUGACUUUGCUCUUAUUGUCCUCUUCUGUGACAUCAUAAUCCACUCUUUACAGCAAUAGUCAGUUGCUUAUUUAUUUAAGCAGCUUAACAUAAUGCAGCGAUGAAUAAUGAGCUAUAGACAAUAGUGCAUUUUCCAACUCGGCAUUUAUUACUCGACAAAGCACACCGGUUUUGAUGCAAAGAGGGCGAAAGUCAGGCAAAAUGUUAUAAGGAAGUUUGAGGCAAUCUUGGUCUCUAGUGUUAACAGCAAAAAAUAUCUUCUACUAUCACUACUUUUGUUUAGUUUAUACAUGUAUUUGACGAUUUUAAAAUCAUAGCCUCAAAUUUGACACAGGCAAUGGUUUAGCUUACAUUUUCUCUACCAGCUUCCCUCAACAUCUGGAACAUCUGUCAGUCUCCUUUUAUACCAAUGCUCUGCAGACUGGACUCAGAGGUGUGUUAAAGUUUUCUUGGAAGUACAACUAAGGAGCUGAAAGCAUGUGUGUGUGGGGGGGGCGGUCUUUUUAAGAGCCUUGUGCUGUAAGCAGAAAGGAAGUCUGUGUCUGAAUGUGUCCUGCACUUUAUAUCUGUUUGCCGUUAAAAAAAAAAAGAGUUCGAGGUGGAGUGUGAAUAAUAUUUUUCCUCAUACCGUUUGGUUUUGUUUGUUUUUUUGUUGUGUUCCCAGUCAUCCUAUCUCUUUCUUUCAUUUUUAUCUUACAAGCAGGCUUCAGGUGAGCUUGAUUUGUUUGACAUUUUGGAAGACUUUAAGAGAGCUUUUGCCAGAUUUAUCAGGCUCCCAAUAAACUGUCCAAUUCAUAAUCAUUAUUUAAGACAGUCAAAACUAGUGUGAAAAUAUGCUGACCGACACAAUCAGUGACAUUUUAGCUGCAGACUGUUGAGUUAAAGGUACCGUAGGAUACAUUAAAGUACAAUUCACGUUAUUAUGACUUGAAGCUUCUGUGUGAUGCAAUGUUGCUUCUGCAGUGUGCCUGUCAUUUCAUUCUUCAUUGUUUCACAGAUCUGCACAGUGCACAUAUAAGAAGUAUCAAAUACUGUAAACAUAAACGGAGGUAUUGUAAGCAGUGGAACUAAAACGAUGUGUUGUUGUGAUCCUAAAUGUGUUUUUGUUUUCUUCUUUUUUUUUAGUCACAUAUCAACUAUGCAAUAUAAUUGUAUGGCUUAAGCUGUUCUUCUGAACCUGCGGCUACUAUCUACGGUGUUUCAACAUCCUCAAUGAUUUAAAGAUUAUCACAGAAUUUGUGAGACUGACAGUAUAAGAAUGUCUGUCACUAAGCUAUAAUCUGUAGGACAUCUAGUUAUACACUUCUCAAGGCUACUGUAAGAAUUGGUUUCUCUUGCUGCUGUUAACUCAAAUAUAAAACAAAGUGCUAAAUGUUUGUAUUUUGUUGUUGACUGCUACAGUUCUUUGUUAAAUCUGAUACAUUUAUUAGAUGUUUGUUGAGAGAACUAAGUAGUGAACAUUUGAUAAAUUGUGGACUUCUGUAGCUAGCACUUCAUCUGUGCUUGGAGCCGAUACUAGCAUAAGGCACCCAGAGCCAUGUGAAAGUAUGUGUUCAGUUGCAUUCUGGAUAAUGUAGGCACCAAUAAAAAUAAAAAUAAAAAACCUCUUGUUUGUUGUGUGUCAAAUUCAUACAUGAGUCAGACAGUGUUGGAAAGCAGCUGAAGAAGGCUACUUUAACUGUCAGAUCAUUCUAAUAAUUAUAUCAAUGACUGCAGAGGUUAUUCAGUACUGGUUUACAAUAACACACUACAUUCAGUAAACCAGCGUCCGGUUUAUUGUGAUUCUUAAUGCAACUCAUAACACAGUUGUCUACGAAGAGGAUGUGCUUUUUAGCAUUGUAUUCAAGUGUUAAAGAAAUACACAGUAGAAUUCAGGACACAUUCACUGCAUAAAUGAGGCUACAGUACAUUUGCAGGGCACAUUAGCAUUUAUGUGGCUUUUAACAUGACGUAACACAGAACUGAUGUUAUUUCAAUGAAGUUGUCAAGACACAUUAAAUGGCAAAUAUCAGUAUACAUUUAUAGAAUUGGUUGUCAUGAGGAAUGUCUGGUUAACAUGGAAUCAAUGGGGUGUAUUU